AAAAUCCCCAGUUUUCCCCAAAACCACGAGAAGCAUGGCUUCGAUCCUCCGCUCUUCGAAAUUCGUACGGUAUAUAGCCGGUUUCGCGCGAAACGUGGUCUUGAACACCCCCCGCGAGUUCGACGGCAACCUCGUCAACACCACACAAUGCCUGUGCGGCGCCAUACCCCGUUCGUUCGCCUCGCAAAUCCCGGCGCAGCACGACCAGAGUCUCGAGAGCAGCCUGCGGCGGCUGGACCAGGACGUGCGCAAGGUGGGGCGCAUCUCCCGGAGGGACAUCGAAGACGUGUUGGAAGAAAUCAGGAGUUCGCGCUCGGCGACGAGCUCGCAGUCGCUGCUGGUGAUCCGAUGUUGCGGCAACUUGGUACCCGAGGAGCUCCCGGAAGUGCGCACUAAAUUAGUGCAGGAGAUCUGGAGCACCCUGAAUAAGUUGAACGUGCCCAUGGACGUGUCGCACUAUAACGCGCUAUUGAGGGUUUAUUUGGAGAACGAGCACCCGUUUUCCCCGACGGAGUUCCUCGGGGACUUGGAGAGUAAGGGGAUUGAGCCGAAUCGGGUCACGUAUCAGCGGCUAAUCGCGCGGUAUUGUCAAGAGGGGGAUAUCGAGGGGGCCACCAAGAUUCUGGAGUUCAUGAAGGAGAAGCAACUGCCGGUUAACGAGAGCGUGUUCAAUGCGCUGAUUGUCGGACACUCGCAGUCAGGGGACAUGGACUCUGCUCAAGGUAUCCUGAGUGUGAUGACCCAAGCCGGUCUCGAACCCAGCGCCGACACCUACACGACCCUCCUCUGCGGCUAUGGUAAAAAGGGCGACAUUGACGCCAUCACCAAAAUCUUCCAAGAAUGCGACACCAAAGAUAUCCUCCUCCUUGACAAAGACUACUUAGACGUUAUUUACGCCCUAGCCACCAACGGUCACGUCCACCACGUUUCCACCAUCCUCUCCAAAGUCAAGCGUGCCAUUGGUUAUAACCAAGACGCUAUUAACCUAAUCCUGCGUCUCAUCAACAAGGGUCAAGAAGAUGGUGCCUUUUUGGUGCUCGAAACAGUGGUCCGCUCGACCAAUCCCGACGGGACUUUAACUCCAGUGGGGAGUUUCUUUGUAAAACAACUAGUCAAAGCGAACCGGCCCGUCGAAAAGAUUGUCCAAUUGUGUACGAAAUUGGAAGAGAAGGGGAUGUAUAAUCGAGCGCUGCCGCUGGCUGCCGAGAUCAGUCUAGAAUUAGGGAACGAUAAUUUAGCGUACCCGUUACUGAACGAACUAGGCAAGAAGGACAUUCCAGUGCGACAACAUUUCUUCUGGCCGUUGAUCAUAGCCAAAGGGAAACAAGCGUCAGAUCAAGGAAUCAUCGACGUUCUACUAAAAAUGAGCGACUUUGGAAUAGCUCCGACCGCGGAAACCUUGAAGGAGUACGUCAUUCCGAACUUGAAAGGGUCGAGUAGUGAGAUUUUGGCGACCCUGCGGACCGCGAAUGUAUCUUUAGGGAGUUCGGCGGCGUGUUUGGUUCACAAUUUGUUGAAUAAGAACGAUAUUAAAGAGGCGGCGCUUAUUUCGAGCCAAGUCGGUGCCUACUACACACCUGACUUGCUUAAGCGGUCUCUUACUAAUGCGUUCUACAAAAGCGGUGAUUUGGAUUCAUACGUGAGGAUAGUUCGGAACAUAUACGACAAUUUGGAAAGAGGACGAAGGAACGAAGAGGACGACACUCCAAUUGACAAAACCGAAGUCGUCGGUAAUUUAGUCUUGGAUUUGUCCAACAACCAAAGAGAGUUUCUCGAGGUUGUGGAGAACGUCCUCCAGGGUUUGAUUGCAGAGGGUUUGAGCAUCUCUACGACUGCAGCGGAGAAGCUCCAGGACAAGUUAGGCGAGAAAAUGACAGAAGGGAUUUCGAACCUCCUCGGAAAACUAACCUCAGGGGAUUUAACCCCAAUCCCAGUCCCCAAAAAGCUACCUUCAUAUACACCGUCGCACCAGAUGAAUAUCGAACAAUUAGAACGACUUAUCCACAACUUGGAAGCUAAAAAUCAGGAGACCAAAGGUUUAAAAAGACAACUACUGACGUUGUACUACCGCGAGAAAAAUCUAGACAAAGUCGAGACUCUCAUUUCCGAAUUGACCCAACAAGAAGGUUUCGUUUACAGCGCGGGAGUCCACGCACAACUAGCCGAUUUGUACGCACACCACAACAACGAAGAAAAAGCCAUGUACCACUACAACAAAGUCAAAGAAGUGCAAGCCGACGACUUCAAACUCGACGAAUCUAAAACUAUAUCGAUCGCGCAUCUGCUCGUGAGGUCGGGUAAGUUCGACGAAGCUAUCAAUCUUCUCGAGAACACCCCACGCGACAAUCGACAAGAAGAGCGCAACUUUAACUACUCCGCGCACGUAUGGAGGUUCCUCAACUCCCUAGCUGAAGAAGGUCGCGUUGAUGAAUUGAACACCCUGUUUGACACUCUAGUGCGGAAGGACUUCAUCGAAGUCAAUAACAUCCUUCUGGGACCGUUAAUCAAGGUCCAUUUAACGAACAAAGAUCUGGAUAAAGCUGUAGAAAAAUUCGAGUGGUGUGUUAACCAGUUUAGGGCCACACCAUGGAAGAACGAGCUGGCGUGCCAACUCAUCCAAAGUGAGGAUGCAGAGAAGCUGCAGAAGUUAACCGACUUGUCGACUUCGGUUCAUGGAGAAAUUAAUAGUUUGUACGAUUUGGUGUUUGCUUUCGUGGAGUGUGGACGCGUCCGACAGGCCAGAAAAAUUCUAGAGACGCCGGGGCUGCAAAAUCGGCCGCAACGGAUCAAUAAUAGGUGUGAAAGGUAUAGGCAGGAGGGUAACGUGAAGCCGCUGGAGGGUUUAAAGGAUGCGACGAAGGACUUGGACCAUAUUAAUCGCAACGACAUUUACUAUCAACUAUUGUUAAGCUACAUUAAACAAGAUGAGGCGGAUAAGGCUCUAGGACUUUGGACCCAAAUGCAAGAAGAGGAUCUUCUUCCAACCGACUCGUUCCUCAUUAGUUUAGGCAAAUUUUUGCAAGAGAAAGGGAAGGCAGUACCUUUUGUUAUUCCAGAAAAUACGACCGCUCCAAGUGUGGAAAAAACACCGGUACAGACUUUCAGAAGAAAAUUGAAAGCCGGAGAAGUCGAUGGGGCGUUGCAGUACUACAACCCGAACGACCGCAGUUACACCAUCACCGACGGGUCGCUACUAAUCGAGAAGUUGAUUCAGAAUAAUCGCAUCGGGGAGGCUACGAAAGUCACUUUCCACAUGUUGGACCGAAACUCGGUACCACUCACCCGAGUGUUCAAGUUUUUGUUAAACCGACUCGCAAACUCUGGCGAUUUGGACAACUUAGCCAUCAUAAAUGACAAGAUCAGUCAGGAAGUUAAGAAAAAUAUUUCGUUUGAUAAUCGCUAUUGCCACGCCAAUUUAAUAGCAGGGAGAGCCACUCAGUACUUAGACAACUUGGAACGCGAAAUCGAUAGUGCGAAAGAGGAGGAUUUAAGAGCGAUUGAAGAGAAGUUCCCCCGAGGUGGCGCCUACGGGAUUCUGGAAAGGCACCCCGAAUUGCUAAAUAAGUAUGAGAGUCUUGCGAUUAAGUACGGCCAGAGAGGCAUCGUGGCGCCACUUAACGUCCUCUGGACUAACUACUUUAUCACUGGGAACGACCAAAAAGCCGACGAAAUCUGGAAUAGUUAUCUGAAAGGUGCCCCGAGGAUCAUGUUCCAAAGGAUAGUCCACGCGGCGCGGGACACCCAAGACGAAACCCUAAUCCGAAAAUUAAUCGAGCACUUGAAAACUAGCAACGUAACCGAAGGCGCAGUCGGGAACGCCUACAGUUGUCUAUUAGACGUGUUAGUUUCCAAAAACAAACCCGACGACCUCGUCGCCACGUUCGAAAAAGCCAUCACCGACGCGGGUUUAACCCACAUCAACCGAACUGCGGUACUUAGAGUCAAAGAAGUAUAUGAUAGUUUAGGUAAACCAUUCAAUUACGCAAUCCCGCCCAAAAACCCCAAAAGUAUGACCAGCACGAGUACGACGUCGUCGAGCGACGAAGAACCCAAAAAAGCCACAGUCUAGUUAAUUUAUUGUUUUUUUUUUUUUGUUUUUUAAUAAAAGCGUAGUUCGUAUGUGUUCUCAUA